UUCAAUGAUCACCUUUUUUUCUCCCUCAUUCCUCACCACGAAAGCCUUGCGCUCGACGCGAGCCUCGCUACAGUCGAGAACGGUAGGCUGGCUAGGACCGCCCGCCGUAGACGCCUUGAGUAGAACACCAGGAUUGCCGGUGUUCCUCGGCGUCGACUCGCCACUGGGCGACCACUCCGCGUCGACGCACGUGCCUCCGUGAGUGCACCCUCUCGGAGCCCCAGGGUCUCCACAGAGUGGACGUUAAGGGGUCUCACGGAGAAGAAGGGCCUUUUGCCCUAAACACCCAGCGCCACGCGCUCAACCGCGCGUCGUCUAUAACCUUCCCUCGGCGAGGUGAGUUUCCCGAUCCUAACUCGUCGUGCUUAUACUUUUCCCCUCCUCCUACUCCGCCCCUUCGAGAGGAACCUGGGAGCUGGGCAGCCGUUGCUACCCUACUCUCUCCUCGUGAGUCAGUACACGAGGCGAAAGCGUUGCCGAGCGCUCCCGAGGACGGCCUCAUGUCGAGCGCUAGCCGAGCAGGCGAGGAGGGCGCGCCACCCGACGUCCCGGAUGACGCCGAUCGCCGCUCGCUAGGCGACCCCGCCAAGGAAGAACGGGAGCAUAGGCGAUUCUGGGUAAACCGCGCCUUCGACGAACUGCACCUGCCGACGGUGGACGACGCCACGCGUCCCCCGCACCUCAACACGGGGCGCAAGCGACUCGACUGGAUGAUCAACCACCGCACCUUAAAUCCGGAGGAUGUCAUCGAUAGAGGGGUGUCAGUAGACAGGAGCUUCCAACGAUUCGCUUUGCGUAGGGAAUUUCUGGAGCUGGUUGAUUCGGUGAUCAGCUAUACGCAAAAAGUUUUGGGGAAUCUGGCGCCAGCGGCGGCGGCGGACCCGCACGAGAGCGGGGAGUACUGGGAGUUCGACCCGCAAGGAGUACUGCGAGGCAACCUCGCCGGCACCUCCUCGCUUCCGGACUUGAACUUCGCCUGGACUAUGUUCAAUCAACGGUGCGCCGCAGCGCUGGCGAAGUAUCGGAAGUACCGCGCGCGGGCGGAGAGUCUGAUCGCGGGCGAGACGCCACCCUCGCUCUCGCCGAUCACUACGCCGGGCUCAGUCUACCGGGAUCUCCCUCAGAUGGGAUCUCAGGAGGAGAAGCUUAAGUACCUCUGGGGCUCAGUACCCAGCUACGCGCUCAAUGCCAGAGACUCACAGGCAACCUGGGACCGCGCGCGCUUCCUGAGCAAGGCUCCCGAAGAACUCGUCAGACCACCUUCGCCCUUGGUAAAGGCUUUCCCGCCGAGGCUUCCCGAACGAGACCCGCUCACUAAGUACUACGAUGGGGAUCAAGCCCGGGAUAGGGCGUUCGGGAAGGAGUUCACUCCUUGGAGCGGAAGCCUCCCUGUGCGAGACUACGAGGAGAAGUGGAAUCCCCCACCGGACGCGAAGAAAGAGAAGGGGUUGAAGUUUCAGAAGCAGUCGGACGACGACCCCUCCGCUAAUCUUCAGUCCAGCAAGGCGAAGCGUAAGGAGUCCGGCUCGAAGGGCGGGCGUGAAAGGGACGCUUCAACCUCCCGAGAAGCUGUCUCGUUCUAUGGCUCUCUCUCUACGAGGCGCCUCGACCUACAGGAAUCCGCCUCUAGGGCGGGGGGCUCGAAGAAAAAGAGGUCGAGAUCAAGGCGCUCACACAAGAAAAGGGAGUCCGAGGGAGAUGGCGGCGGAAAGGAUGACCGGAAGUCCGCCGCUGGACCCCCUCGCAGGCCGAGCGGGGGAGACAAGGAUCCCGCGCCACACGCGGCAGAAGAGCCGGGAGACGACCCUUCAGACGGGGAUGGCGAUGAGGAGGACGACGAGGAGGAUUCGAGCUCAGACGAGGAGGGAAGGGUGGUCGAUCUCGACGAAGGAGAGGAGCUGCCGUUUCUCCCGUACGGCACGACCGCUCCCACCGUGCUAGCCAGCAUCAAGCCGGACCAGCUGCCUAGCUGGGACGGGAACAAAUCGACGGCUCACGAGUACUUGGCAGCCGUCUACGAGUAUGCGAACAGCGGAGGGUAUAUGAACCAGGCAGUCGGAUAUUGGCUCUGGACUCGGUUGGAGAAAGGAUCCGCCGUCUUCCAGUGGUACGUCACGCUGUCGCCGACUCUCAAGAGCUACAUGAGGCGCAGCGCGCACAACUUCCUGGGAGUCGUCCAGAGGGAUUACUUAGGACCCAAAUGGAUCCGGAAUCUCGCGACCGAAUUCCAGUUCCAGUCGUUCAGGGAGUACAAGCAUCGUCAUGAGUCGCCGAGCCAAUUCAUCUACCGGCGCAUCAUCGCCUCCCGGGCGCUGGCUUUCGCACCUAAGAACUCGAGGGAGGAAGUCAAGAUGAUCCUGAGUGUCGCUCCGCCCAGCUGGGGUAUAGUGCUGGUGCCUUCCUCCAUCGACAGCACGGACACCUUGACCAAGCGCGUCCUUCAAUUCGAGGAAGAACUCGCGAACGCGUCUCGAUCAGGGGGAGGCGACAUAAAAGCGCAAGUGGCGUCAGCCCUGAAGGAGCUUGGAGUGUCGACCAGCGCGGCGACGCGCAGCAAAUUCCCUUCGAGGCGCCCGGAAGGAGUCUCAGCUUUCAGCGUCGAAGCGUCAGCGGAAUCAGGGGGCCCGGAGGAACGGGAAGCGCCGUCAGAGGAGGCCAUCGCAAACGAAAUGCUGGCGGUAGCCUACAGUGUGGUCGCCUCGAGAGAGAAGAGUAAGCCGCCGAGCAAGCCGCGAUUCGCGAGGCGCGACGACGUCAAGAGCAAGAAGAAACCGCCCGCGCCGUGCAGACCAUGCGGGAGUCCCUUCCACUGGAACCGGGAUUGCCCGCAUUGGAACGAGUACCUGGCGGAAAGGCGAGCGGAGGGCCAUCUCGUCGAGGCGGAGGACUCUGACGCGGAACGAGCGUACAACGUGGCGUAUUACCUCUGCGGCCAGGAUUUUGAGCAGGCGGCUCGAGCCCCCACGGAGGAAGGGGACGUUUACGAGCGUAAGACCAGUCACGCAGAGGGGAAGCCGGCGUUGUAUGAAGUUCGCGCGCAAAGCUUCGUAUCGCGCAUCGAGGAGAUAGAGGACGAUUAUGCACAAGUUGAUUUCAAGUCCGGCCAUGUCAUAUGGACUUACCGGCCACUAUGGAGCCGGCUCGCCUGCUCGCGCCGGCCAGCCGCCGCACAACCUGCAGCUCCACUUCACGUCCCUUCCCUGUUUGAGCCUUCUCAUGUGGAGUCUGCGGCUUCGCGUCAGGUUGGUCGUUAUGACCGUCAAGUCAGGUGUGCCCGCCGGUCGCACAUGAGAUGGCUACUGAGGUUUCUUAUCUCGGUCACUAACCAUUCUGCCUUCCUACCUUUCUUGCAUAGCCCGGUGCCCGGUGCCUAUUUCUGA